CAUUAAAAAAAAAAAGAACAAAAAAACGAAGAUUGAGGUAGCGGGCCCAGCUGCCUCCAUUGUAACGAAGUUAACUGCUUAGCGUCAGAGUUCCAGUUCCCGGUAUCCUAGUGUUCCAGAGUUUAGCGCCAGCAAUUUUCCACAUCGAAACCCUAAACCCCAAAUCCCAAUUUCGAUUCCUGACCAUACACAUUAAUUUCCGUUCUUCCAAUUCAAAUCUCUACGAUUCUUUCCAUCCUCAUUCUUAAUCGAUGUCCUCUUCAAUCUUCAACACCAACAGCAUCUCAAUCUCGGUCUCAGAUGACGAAUCCGACGAACUCGGCCGAAUGCGAGUCCGCGUCCGAAGGAAACGCAAGAAACACGGCCACCACCGAGCCAGGACCGAGUUCACUCAGCGACUCAUCCGUUUAUUCGUCAAAUACUGGACGCUUCUCAUUUUCCUUCCCGCCGCUGUGUUGCUCAUUUUCGAGGCCACCAGGAUCGGUAGAAAACCCGGUUUGGUUGUAAACUCGGAAAUUAAUGAAGUGAAGAAGCCCAAUUUGUUGGGUAACUUAGAACUUAGUAAAUUGAAAGAACUGAGUCAAGAAAAGAAAAUUGACAGCAAUUUGAACCGGCUCGAUCCAACCACUCAUGUUGUCGGUGGUGUUAGAGAACGUUGCUUGAAGCUCCUACCAGCUGAGGAACUUGAACAUCUGGAUAUUCCUGUCGAUGAAGAAUCUAUUAGUAAGCCUGUUAAAAGAUUGGUGUACAUAUCAGACCAUGAAACACCUUUCGGUGGGGGGGAAUCUACCCUCUCUUGGCAGCGUACUAAUGGCACGCGAUUUAAUCUAUUCACCGGAAACCAAACUCUUGAUGAGAGAGAAGCAAGCUUCAAGGUGAAUGAAACUGCUGUUGUACAUUGCGGAUUUUUUAGUCAAAAUGGUGGUUUUAAAAUAUCUGAUAAGGACAAAAGUUAUAUGCAAACUUGCAAAGUUGUGGUUUCUACUUGUGCAUUUGGAGGUGGAGAUGAUCUUUAUCAGCCUAUAGGAAUGUCAGAGGCAUCUCUUAAGAAGGUUUGCUAUGUUGCAUUCUGGGAUGAAAUUACUCUUUCGGCACAGGAAUCACAGGGCAAUAAAAUUGGUGAGGACGGCUUUAUUGGGAAAUGGCGUAUUGUGAUUGUACAAAAUCUUCCUUUUGUAGACCAAAGGUUGAAUGGGAAAAUUCCUAAGAUGUUGCCCCAUCGGCUCUUUCCUAAUUCAAAGUAUUCUAUUUGGGUAGACUCAAAAUCCCAAUUCAGGAGGGAUCCUUUAGGUGUAUUAGAAGCUCUUCUUUGGCGUAGGAAUUCCAUGCUUGCAAUUUCAGAGCACGGAGCUCGAAGUAGUGUCUAUGAUGAGGCGAAGGCUGUUGUCAAGAAACAUAAAGCCACACCAAAAGAAGUUGAGGUGCAAAUUACUCAGUAUCGUCAUGAUGGUCUUCCCGAGGACAAGAGAUUUAAUGGAAAGAAAGCUCUAAAUGAAGCCUCUGUUAUUGUGAGGAAGCAUUCACCUCUGACUAAUCUGUUGAUGUGCCUCUGGUUUAAUGAGGUUGUUCGUUUCACUUCAAGGGAUCAAUUGAGCUUUCCAUAUGUUCUCUGGCGGUUGAAAGUGCUAAAGAACAUCAACAUGUUUCCAGUCUGCACACGCAAAGAUCUUGUUAAUAGCAUGGGCCACAUACGCAAGGCUAAGCCUUUGACGAGUUGAUGUUAUUGCUGUGCUACCAUUUCAACUUCUUGACCAUUACCGCAGAGAUGCUGGGGGCAUACAGGCUGUACUUUUACUCUUAAUCAUUCUGUUAUCUCUUCUUACAUGUUUUAUAGGUAGCACUGGCCUUUAGAAUUGCCCUGUUAUCUCUUCUCCUCCCCAUCUUUUGCCUCUUCAAUUUUUUUACUACGAGAAAAUUCAUUAUUCUUUUGGUUAGAUACAUUGCUAAAGUAAAUUUUGUAUCUAUCAGUGUACUAAGAGAUCUGGUUGUAAGGUGGAUGAAUUGAAUCUU